AUGUGGAGCGCUCUCCUCUUCUCGCUUGCCGUGUUGCGCGCGGCCGCUGCGCCCGCGCCCGAGAAGCAGGAGGCUGUCGCGGCGCGCGGCGGCUGGAUGCCGUUCGCGCAGCAGGGCGCCGCCACGGGCGGUGGCUUUGCCGCGCAAGGCACCGACACCGCCUGGCGCUUCUUCACGGACCCGAACUUUGACUUCCAGAAGGAAGGGCAGGCGUACCAGGCGUCGGGCGCGGCCACUGGCAACGCGUUUGGCGGCCUCUCGCAGGGCAUGAUGCCCACCGCGCCGGCGGCGGCGGCGGCCGAGGCCCCGCCCGCCGAGAAGGAGGAGACUGUCGAGGGCGCCAAGGCGCGCGGCGGCUGGAUGCCGUUCGCGCAGCAGGGCGCCGCCACGGGCGGUGGCUUUGCCGCGCAAGGCACCGACACCGCCUGGCGCUUCUUCACGGACCCGAACUUCGACUUCCAAAAGGAGGGCCAGGCGUACCAGGCGUCGGGCGCGGCCACUGGCAACGCGUUUGGCGGCCUCUCGCAGGGCAUGAUGCCCACCGCGCCGGCGGCGGCGGCGCCGGCGGCGGCGACGACAACGGCAGAAUCGACGAGUCACAUCAUGAUGCCUCCGCCGCCAGUGCCGCCCUCGGCAGCGACUCGGGCGGCAUGCGCAGCGGCGAUCUGCGGCGACGCUGGCGCAAGCAUGUCUCCGGCCCAGGGUGUCCUCCAUGUGGGGGACGCAUCGCAGGCUAUCUACCUCCCCCUCGCCUGCCUUGCCGACCCUUACUUCGACGCUGCACGGCUACACAGCCGCGGCCACGACAGCGGCUGCGGCAGCGACGGCGGCGGCGGCGGCCGCUGCAGCGGCAGCAGCCGCCGCGGCCGCGGCGACGACAACCGCAGAAUCCACCAGUACAUGUAG